AUGGACCCCCGGGGACCAGCCCCCCAUCCUUUCCAGCGGCCUGAGAAACCUGGUCGUGUUCGCCGUCGGAAGACUAGGAAGGAACGGAAUGAGGCCUUGGUGGGCACUCGCCGACCAUCAGCCCAUCAGGAUCAUCCCGUGGCCCGUCGGGAUCCUCUUGUGGCCCUACGGGAUCCUGUGGCCUCUACUGCCCCCAAACUUGUGGUCAUAACCCAGGGCCGGCUGAGCAGGGAGCACCGGGGUCUUUUCAACCACGAGGUGAAAUCCCUGGAUGUGGCACGGCUGCUUAGCAGUGGCAUCCUGGAACCAGGCAGCCCCCUACUCUCUACCAAGCCCUCCCCAAACUCAGACAGAGCCCAAGAGUCUAGGGGCAAGGAGAACCAGGAGGUGCCUGGAGGCUCGGGCCCAGGCCCACCCAGUUCCCCACAGCUCCCUGGUGUGGGGCAGCUGCUGGAGGAGCUGCAGUGCCAGCUGAUUCUGCCACCUGCCUUCCCCAGGAGGAACCUGGUGCAAGAGGCCAGGGAUGCCAUUGUGGGCACCUUACAGGCCCGCCAUGGCUGUGUUCCUGACCUUACCUUGGUGCUGCAGGGCUGCCAGUCGCCCUUGCCAGAGGCCAAGCCUGGGGGCCCUGAGAGAAAAACAAUGACACCCUCCUGGAUCAACAGCUCUGAACAGGUCUCAGUGGAGGGGAGGCAGAGGAAGCGACAUGGGACAAAGGAGCUCACCUUUUCCAUACCUCACACCUCCAGCAUUUCCACUGCGCACAGGGUGAGCCUGGCACCGCCAAGAGGUCUCUGGCCACCUCCCUUGUCUUCAUUGCCUUCGCCAUGUGGGGCAGCCUGGGGACCCCCAACAGCCUUUGACUUGCUGAAAAGCAUCUGGCUGGUAGCCACACCACCCCCUCCCUGGCCCUGGGGGCAUGGCCCAACUCAGUCCCUGCCUCAGCUUCCAUCACCUUUGUUGUCCCAAACCUCUGUCCUGGAUUGGAGCCCCAGGCCUGCUUCCCCACUGCCCAACCUCUCCUGGGUUGUGGCUCAGAGCAGUCCAGAAGCCUGGUCCUUUCCACCUAUGAGACUAUACUGA